AUGGCAUCUCUUCAAGCUUCGGCUUUUAUAUUCCACUCGACAUCUCCCUGUCCUUUGUUCAGGCUUCACCAGAAGCGAACACUAAAGGCGAUUCUUGAUCAAGUCCCUCAACCGGGGUCAUCAAACGGCCGCAAUGGACGAUCGGGGGCGGCGAAGCUGGCCAGGGACUCUAUGUCUUUGACCACUGCAACUACUCAUGAUCAGAAACAUGAGGCCAGCUCCAAUAAUAACAGAAAAUUGAACAACAUCCAUGCUGAUGCUGAUGGCACUGAUGAUACUAUGAUAGUAAUGGCAAAGCUCUAUGUAAUUUUGGAGGCAGUUGCAGAUAGAGUGGUGAUGCACAAGAAUAUUGGCAAGCAGAGAGAAAAUUGGAACAGCCUACUUUUGGCAUCCAUCAAUGCAAUAACUCUUGCUGCUGUAACAAUGUCUGCUAUUGCUGCAACAAGUGCGGAUGGUGCCGGUGCUCCUGUUACAGCCUUAAAACUGUCGUCUACUAUUAUGUUUGUUGCAGCAACUGGGAUGCUGUCGAUAAUGAAUAAAAUCCAACCAUCCCAACUUGCAGAAGAGCAACGAAAUGCCGCAAGAUUAUUUCAACAGUUGCACAAUCAAGUCCAAAUACUUAUAAACAUUGGAAAUCCUAGUGAAAAUGAUGUGAAGGAAACAAUAGAGAAAGUUUUAGCUGUUGAUAAGGCAUUUCCGCUUCCUCUCCUUGGUGUCAUGCUUGAAAAAUUCCCACGUAUGGUAGCACCAGCAGUUUGGUGGCUUCGACAGCAGCCAGGGCAAGCUGAGGAGCUGACCACUAAGAUGGAAUGCUCCAAUGGCUGGAACGUAAAACUCGAGAAGGAAAUGGAAACAAUUCUUGAGGUUAUAAGGAGAAAAGAUAAAGCAGAAUAUCUGAGGCUGGGCGGAAAAGCCUUGAAACUGAACAAAGUGUUGGCUAUAAGUGGUCCUGUAUUAACAGGGCUAGCAGCCAUUGGUUCUGCUUUCACGGGAUCUCCUUCUCAUGGGUUUUGGGCAGCUAUGCUAGGAGUUGUAGGUGGUGCGUUGGCAAGCAUUGUUAACACAGUAGAGCAUGGAGGACAAGUUGGAAUGGUUGUCGAGAUGUACAGGACCAAUGCUGGUUUCUUUCAACUCAUGGAACAAACUAUAGAAGCUAAUAUGAUGAAUAAACAGGAAAACGGUGAAUUAUUUGAAACGAAGGUGGCUUUGCAAUUAGGAAGGAGCCUAUCAGAUCUUAGAGAUCUUGCACCUUCCUCUUCUUCUUCCAAUGGAGAAGAGCAUGUCGAGGAGUUUGCUUGCAAACUUUUCUGA